AUGAAGUUGUUAUCUUCUUCUCCUUCCGUUUCUUCUUCUUCUUCAACUGUCUCUUUUGAUCCCAAAAUGUGCACUUCAAAAAGUGCAACUGCUGGUUGCCUUGCGGGGAUCUUACGUCGGCUUCUUUGCUCCCAGAAUCUUCCAACACACCCCUCUGAUCACAUUACUGAGGCCAAUUCAGUGGCAAGUUCUAAGAAACAACAAUUCAAUGCUGUGGACAAGAUUGAUGCUUCCAAGGUCACUCCAGGGAUUGUAGCAAGGCUAAUGGGGUUGGAUUCCUUGCCUGACAUCAGCUUGCUUAAGACACAAAUAAAUCCAAAUUCAAUUACAAGAAGCCUGUCGAUGAAUUCAGCUGAUUAUAAGCAAGAUACUGAUUCAGCCCAUGGCAAGCAUAGACGAGUGAACUCUACAUUGUCUUUCCGGGACAUGCCUACCUACUUCGAGCUAGAAAAUGAAGAAUUUUUUGUACUAAGCUUUGAGAAUGGAAGUGAAAGGAAAGAGCCGAGAUCAAAAGGAAAGAAAUGUAAAGGAGGUAGUGAAGAAUCGAAGGAAAAUAGAGUAGAAAAGGUCCCAGAGAAAAAAAUUUUGGAAGAUCAUGAAAGGGCUUUGAAUGUGAUGAAUGAGGAAAAGUUGAACAGAAGAAUUGUUGAUAACCCUAAUCAGGAAAUGGCCAAAUGCAGCCCAGUUAAUGAUUUCUGCUUGGAGAAACCAAUUGUCAUCAUAAAGGGUCUAGAGUGCUCAAAUUAUGUAGACAAGAAUGGAGUGCCUGAUGGUGCAAAAUUGAGGAAGAAAAAGAAGAAAAUACAGCAUCCUGUAGCUCAAAAUGUAGAUCCUGAAUGCAGCUCAGAAGAUUCAAGCCCGGUUUCUGUUCUUGAUUUUGAUCAAUUCAUCAUUGAUCAUGAUGUUCCUACAUCAGAGGAAGAUUCAAAAGCAGAAGGGUCUAACUCAAGAAGGAAAUUAUCUCCAGACCUGGAAAAUUAUGGAUGCAAAUCUCCUAGUAAUGAAUCUAAUGAUGGUAAUUUGAUGGAGGAUGUUCAAAGGGUAAACAUUAUUGAAGGCAAACUUUUGGAGUCGAGGAAAAAUAUUGGCACAGUGACAAAAACUUGGAAUGUUGGGAUGCAAUUUGCAGGAUGA